UUCGACCCUCUGGGGCAGGGCGGGGGGAGCCAGGGGGAGGAGGAAGACUUUGACGAAGACGACUACUACGAAGAGCACGAGGUUGAGGACCUGGCCACCUUCCUGGAUGGCUGCAGCCUCCACGGGGCCAACAACAUCAGCCACCUCUGCGCCAAGGGGGAGAGCAGGAAGGUGGGGGUGCGGCAGGGCCUGUGGCUGCUCGCCUUCCUCUUCUCCAUCACCAUGUUCCUCUACCAGGUGGUGGACCGCGUGAUGCUCUACCUGCAGUACCCUCACAUCACAGCGCUCGACGAGCUCAACGCCAAGGUCCUGACCUUCCCAGCCGUCACCCUCUGCAACUUCAACAAGUACCGCCGCUCCAAGCUGAGCUACAGCGACCUGCUCUACAUGGGGCCCCUGCUGGGCUACAGUGAGGACAUGGUCCCCGGGUUUUCCAUGGCCCCCGAGCCUGACCUGGGGGGCGACCCCUUCACCAUGAGGGAGUUCUACACCCGAGCCCGCCACCAGAUGGAGGAGAUGCUGCUGGAGUGCUCAUACCGAGGAAAGGAGUGCGGACCCGAGAACUUCACCGAGGUGAGCGGGGAGUGACGUGGGGGUCGGGGGGUUCAGCAGAGUUGGGUACCACAGCACUGGCUUUCUUAUAAGGCAAUCAGUGGUGUCCGAUCACGGUCCUAAUCCUGCUCCAGGUUAACAGGUGAUUAACUAUUUCAGCGUCGGUUCAGAGCAGGAUUGGAAAGACUUGUGUUGUGUUUUGGUUUACCGAUCUAGGUGUUCAUGUGAAUUGACUUUAGUGAACGGGCUGAGAGUGGAGGGAGGUGUGUGUUUGUGUGUGUUUGUGUGUGUGGGGGUGAUUAGCUGUAACGUUUGUCUAAUUGGGGGCAAGGGGGUAAGGUCUGGAGCGUUGCUGGUCUCUUUCAUAUUGGAAGGUUGAGUGGUAGUGUUCCGAGGGGAGCAGUUACUGACAGGUCCUUAUGAACGUCCGCCUCUGGCUCACCUUAGAGCAACUCCUUUUGCUGGCUGCACUUUACGUAGGCUGUCGAGAAGCCAGCAAUCUGAAGCUAUUAAGCGUGAGCCGCCUUUAUUAAAUCAGAGAGUAAUCUAAACCCUUUAACGCCUUGCCGUCGAUGAUGCCCGACGCUCAUCUUGUGCACAGUCGAGUGGCAAUAAUAAAACCAAUUAUCCUCACCGCUAAACUGUCUUCAGAGGAAAUUGGCAGUUUGACUUGUGACCAGUUAACCGCCAGCCUCUGUGCACGCUUUUUCCUCAAUUCCCUGCUAAUGCCGAGACGGUGAAUCCAAGCUGUCUGCAGCUGUUCUGGUCCAGCUGGGAGAGAAACGUGAAAUAACAGCCAAUGUGAACAUGAACCGCUCCCACAGAAAUAAGUUUAUAGAAAAAGACUGGAAAAAGAAUGCACUAAAUUGUUUUGGUUUUUAUUUUCUUUAUUGUUUUGAAAUGACAGAAAGGCGGCAAAUCUAUCAGGGUAAACCUUUAGAGGGACUGUAAACCGAAUCAGUGAGGAGGGAGGAGCACUCUGCACAGUCUGUCUCAGUGAGGAGGGAGGAGCACUCUGCACAGUCUGUCUCAGUGAGGAGGGAGGAGCACUCUGCACAGUCUGUCUCAGUGAGGAGGGAGGAGCACUCUGCACAGUCUGUCUCAGUGAGGAGGGAGC